CAGAGCUGGCUCCGUGCCAGGCCUCCCCCGGGCCCCAUGACUCAGGCAGGCAGAAAGCCCUCGGUGCUUCUGCUGAUGGUCCAGACAGGGAGAGAAGCCGCCGAGAGAAGGUGAUCAGAACUGGGAUGGGGGACACCACAGGCAGAGGGGGAGCUCAGAGGAAGCAUCCCAACAAGCCUGGACGGUCUGAGAAGUAUAAACUGAAACCCAAAUGCCCAACCAGCAUGGGCAGUCUUGCCCACCAGGAAGACUUUGAGGAAGAGAAGAACUCAGCAUUCACCUGGGAGGUGAAGGCCAACGACCGGGCCUACAACAGUCAGUUCAAGGAGAAGGUCUUUCUGUGCUGGCAGAGGAAGAAAUACAAGACCAACAUCAUCCACACGGCAAAGUACAACAUCUUCUCCUUCCUGCCCCUGAACCUGUACGAGCAGUUCCACCACAUAUCCAACUUCUACUUCCUCAUGAUCAUCAUCCUCCAGGGCUUCCCCGAGAUCUCCACGCUGCCCUGGUUCACACUCUUUGCUCCAUUCAUCUGCCUCCUCGUCAUCAGAGCGACCCGAGACCUGAUGGAUGACAUAGGGCGACACAGGAACGACAAAAUCAUCAACAACAGGCCCUGCCAGAUCCUGCUGGGGAAGAGGUUCCUGUGGAGGAAGUGGACGAACAUCUGUGUGGGGGACGUGGUCUGUCUCCACAAGGACAGCAUUGUCCCGGCUGACCUGCUGUUGCUGACCAGCACAGAGCCCAGCAGCUUGUGCUAUGUGGAGACAGCUGACAUUGAUGGGGAGACCAACUUGAAGUUUAGACAGGCCCCACUGGUCACCCACCAUGAGCUGACCAGUCUGAGGAAGAUGGCGUCCUUCCAAGGCAAGGUAGUAUGUGAGGAGCCCAAUAGCCGGAUGCACCAUUUUGUGGGCUGCUUGGAGUGGAAGGGCAAGAAAUACCCGCUGGACAGUGGUAACAUCCUUCUGCGUGGCUGCAAGAUCCGCAACACGGACACCUGUUACGGAAUGGUCAUCUACGCUGGUUUUGACACAAAGAUCAUGAAGAACUGUGGCAAGUUCCACCUGAAGAGAACCAAGAUCGAUCUCCUGGUGAACAGGCUGGUGCUCGUGGCCUCACGGCGUCUCUCCUCUGCAAAACGUGCGGCCGGAUCUUCCGGGCGGAUUUUCCUGUGCCUGGUGCUGGUCUCCAUGGCAUUGACCUUGGGCUUCAGAUUCCAGAUCCAAGAGUUCAGGGACAAGCACUACUACAUACCCUACGAGCACACCCACAGUGCGCUCAUGGAGUCUUUCCUCAUCUUCUGGGGCUUCCUCAUCCUGCUCAGUGCCAUGGUGCCCAUGGCCAUGUUCAUCAUCGCUGAAUUCAUCUACCUGGGGAACAGCAUCUUCAUUAACUGGGACGCACAGAUGUACUAUGAACCGAAAGACCUACCCGCCAUGGCCCGCAGCACCAGCCUCAACGACCAGCUGGGCCAGGUGGAGUACAUCUUCUCCGACAAGACCGGUACCCUCACCCAGAACAUCAUGACCUUCAAGAAGUGCUGCAUCAAUGGCUUAGUCUACGGUCCAGACGAGAAGUCCUCAUACAUGGUGAACCCCUACCUCUGGAACAAAUUUGCUGAUGGGAAGUUGCUCUUCUACAAUGCUGAGCUCCUGCAUGCUGUGCAAAGCAAGAAGGACAAGAUGGUGCAGGAGUUCUGGCGCUUGCUGGCCAUCUGCCACACUGUGAUGGUGCAGGAGAAGUGCAACCAGCUGUUGUACCAGGCAGCUUCCCCGGAUGAGGAGGCGCUGGUCACAGCAGCCCGGAAUUUUGGCUACGUGUUCCUGUCCCGCACCCAGGACAGCAUCACAGUGAUGGAGCUGGGCAAGGAGCGGGUGUACAAGGUCCUGGCCAUGAUGGACUUCAACAGCAAACGAAAGCGGAUGUCAGUGCUGGUCCGCAACCCCGAGGGCGCCAUCUACCUCUACACCAAGGGCGCUGACACCGUCAUCUUUGAGCGCUUGUGCAAGAAAGGCGAGAUGGAGUGGACCACAGAGGAGGCCUUGGCUUCCUUUGCCCAGGAGACCCUGAGGACACUGUGCCUGGCCUACAAGAAGGUGGACGAGGAAACUUACGAGGACUGGCACCAGCGGCACCAGGAGGCCAGCAUCCUGCUGCACAACCGGGCCCAGGCCCUGCACCAAGUGUAUGAGGAGAUGGAGCAGGACCUCCAGUUGCUGGGAGCCACAGCCAUCGAGGACAAACUCCAGGAUGGCGUCCCUGAGACCAUCCAGUGUCUCAAGCAAGGGAACAUCAAAAUAUGGGUACUCACAGGGGAUAAGCAAGAGACAGCUGUGAACAUAGGCUUUGCUUGCCAUCUGCUCUCCGAGAACAUGCUCAUUCUGGAGGAGAAGGAGAUAGUUCGCAUCCUGGAGACCUACUGGGAGAGCAACAACAACCUGCAGAAGACGACGGGACAUCUGGACAACAAAAUCUUGCCAAAGGUCAAGAUGGCCAUGGUCAUUAACGGGGAUUUACUGGACCAGCUGUUCCUGUCCCUGCGCAAGGAGCCCGGGGUCCUGGCCCACAACAUGGACGAGAGCUGGGAGGAGCCCGGGGAGCAGAAGGCAGACUUCCAGCAGACCCAGCGGGUGUCCCUGGUAUGGCAGAUCCUUGGGCUGCAGCGGAGGAACACGAGGCUGGCACCUCAUGACCAGGAAUCCAACACCAGCGAGAAGCUCGAGGUGCAGCGGGAACGGGCUUUUGUCAGCCUGGCCUUGAAGUGCCAGGCGGUCAUCUGCUGCCGGGUGACCCCCAAGCAGAAGGCCUUGAUGGUGGCGCUGGUUAAGAAGUACCAGAAAGUGGUGACCCUAGCCAUCGGGGACGGUGCCAACGAUGUCAACAUGAUCAAGACUGCAGACAUCGGCGUGGGGCUGGCCGGCCAGGAGGGCAUGCAGGCUGUCCAGAGUAGCGACUACGUGCUGGCUCAGUUCUGCUUCCUGCAGAGGCUGCUGCUGGUGCACGGACGUUGGUCCUACAUGCGCGUCUGCAAAUUCCUGCGUUAUUUCAUCUAUAAGACGCUAGCUUGCAUGAUGGUGCAUAUCUGGUUUGCUUUCUACAGUGGCUUCAGUGCCCAGCCCCUGUACGAGGGCUGGUUCCUGGCACUCUUCAAUCUGCUCUACAGCACCCUGCCUGUCUUCACCAUCGGGCUCUUGGAGCAGGACGUGAGCGCAGAGCAGAGCCUGCAACUGCCAGAGCUGUACAUCGCGGGCCAGAAGGACAAACUCCUAAACUACAGGGUCAUUCUCCAAGCCAUCGCCCACGGCAUAUGCACCUCCCUGGUCAAUUUCUUCAUGACCUUGUGGAUCUACGAUGACAUGGCCUGGAAUGCCAACCUGAGCGACUAUCAGUCUUUCGCAGUUGUCAUGGCGCUGUCGAGCCUGCUGUCCAUCACCAUGGAGGUUAUCCUCAUCAUCAAGUACUGGACAGUCCUGUCUGUGCUGGCCGUCCUCCUCAGCCUGUGCGCCUAUGUGGUCAUGAGCUGGGUCACCGAGAGCUUCUGGCUCUUCAGAAUCUCCCCCAAGACCUUCUCAUUUCUGUACACUAACCGCAACAUGCUGGGCCACCCCUUCAUCCUGCUGGUCAUCCUGUUGAACGUGUCCUUAAACACCCUGCCGGUGCUGGCCCUGCGCAUCAUCUACCAAACCCUCAAGAAGCCAUGCCCUAAGGUGGAGCUGGAGGCCCCGAGCGAGGAGAUCUUCACAGUGGAGCCUGCGCACUAUUUACAGCGGGAAUCGCAUGCCCGGCGCUCCAGCUACGCCUUCUCCCACCGCGAGGGCUACGCAGACCUUAUCACUCAGGGCACAAUUCUGCGGAGGACAGGGGGCGCCAACAGCAUCCUGGUGGACCACAGGAUGCCAUUUGAUGACCCGCUGCCCUCGAGCCAAUAUGAGUUGCCACGGAGCCAAUAUGAGUUGCCACGGAGGCGCUCCAGGAAGAUGUCGGGGCUGGGGAGGAAGCACAGGCACAGGGGACUGGCGCUCCCCGAGGAGGUGCAGCCUGCUUCCGGGGCUGCCUCCUCACUGACAGUGACAGCGCAGUCCCUUUCUUAUUUUGAAAACAGAUUCUCCAUCUCCAAAAACUUGCCCCCCACUGCAGACUGGCAAUCUGGGUCUUUGCAGGAAGAUGCAUAAACAACGAUGACGCAGGAGUCCCCACUAUGGCACGAGCACUGAUUUCUAAGAGUCACCAUCAACCAAGAAGAGACCAGCGGACCUCCCUGGAGAAGCCCCCCUGGCGCAGAGAAAGUCAGCUGCCACCUUGUGAGAGUCAGGCACAGCUCUCAGAGUCCACCAGCACCCCUAAGAAGAGUGUCCCUUUGGAUGAUUUCAUGACUAUGUAUCUGGCAAAAGGAGCCCCCCAAACAGGGGUGGUGGUGCUUCCCCAUGAGAUGCAACCAUCUCUGGUGGGAACUGCGAGGUGGGAGAAUCAUCUGCAAGGGAGUAGGCCAUGAGGUGGAACCCAGAUGGCAGAGGCAGCUGGCCUCCAGACACAUGUGCCCAGAGAGAGAGAAGCGCUGCCAGUCUCCAGAAGGUGGUGACUCCCCAGGCUCAGAGAGGUCAACCAGCAGGCACCAGGUCUUUUCUGGGAGACACAGGCUCCGCACCCCUUUUUCUAAUAAAUUGGGGUUCCAUCUGACCC